GGGACGGGCCGCUUUCUCCCCCUUGUGUGCAGGAUCAUCUGAUCUUCGCCAUGUCGGACCUGGAGAAAGCCAUGCUGGCCAUCAUCGAGACGUUCCACCAGUAUUCCGGGAAGGAGGGGGACAAGCACAAGCUGAAGAAGUCGGAGCUGAAAGAGCUCAUCAAUAAUGAACUCUCUCACUUCUUAGGGGAGAUCAAGGAGCAGGAGACGGUGGACAAAGUCAUGGAGACCCUGGACGUGGACGGGGACGCCGAAUGCGACUUCCAGGAAUUCGUGGCUUUUGUGGCCGUGAUCACCUCUGCGUGCCACGAGUUUUUCGAGCACGAGUGAAACCCUAAGAAGUUCCACCGUCACGGAGGUCGAGCAAGACCCCGCUGACGUUUUAAGCAAAGCAGCAAAGCAGAGCUUGGGGUCUGGUAGGACCCCAGCCGGCCAGCCCCCUAGGUAGCUUACUUAGUAGGAAAUUUGAUGCGCUUUGUGACUAGAAACAGGAGAGCUUCUGCCAGGACCAAGAGUCGCCUUCACUCUUCUCAAAGCAUUUCUUUGUAAUCCCUGCCUAGAGGACCCAGGCUCUGCCAGAUCCCUGCCCAAUUGCCAACUAGAACCCACAGAAAGAUCUCCCCUCCUUUUGUGAGUGCCAAGAAAAGGCAAGACGCUUGAGCCUCCCCGGGGUGCGGGGGGACAGGCUGAGCCAGUGGGGUGUUCCUGAAGGCCACCAAGGUCCCUUGGGGUUGCCAUGGCUCCCUCUGAGCCGCCAUCUUUAUCUUAUUUUAAAAUAUAGAUUAUUGCUUGGGGGCGGCCAAUGGUUCACCUCCCCACCGCCCUCAUUGCUUUAGUCAGGAAGGGAAAGCAGAGAAUCUGGGCACGUGAGUCCGCAGGGACGUCCCAGGGGGAAGUGAGCUCCCGGGGGCCGGGCCGGACCCAACUUAGUCGCUUCUGCCCAGAGCCCGGGAUCUUGCACACAGGAAGUGCUUAAUCAAUGCUUGUUGCAUGUUCAAUGACAUGAGUGGGUCAGAGUGGAUUUUUCCAUAACAAGAAAUUCGUAAUCAACUGAAAAAUAGAAAGUAUAACAAAUAGAACCAAAGCAGAUCCAACACAAACAUGCCUUAGAAACUCCCACAGUGCUGGAGGUAUGCACUUGAAUCUGUCAUAAGAAUCCCCAGUCCUAUAUUCAUUCACUCACUCAUUCAUUCAUUCACUCACUCGUUCAUUCACCCCCUUACUCAUUCAUUCUACUACCAUUCCUUUCGGGUGAGUCACUCGAGGGCCAUCUCAGCGGUUUUUGGUGGUGAGAGCAGCUGGGCCGAGGCGGGGAGGUGGCGACGUAUUAUGUGGAACGUGCCCCGCAGGGGUCAGAGUGCGCCCCCCCCCCCACCGUCCUGUGUGACUGGGUGAGCUUCCCUGGGCUGUAGAAGGAAGUGACCCCUGUUGGCCCCCGCUCCAAGCUUCCAUAAACAUCGGGUCGUGAACAAAAAACAUCCAAUGGAAGAAACCCCAGUUUGCUACGAUUUCCCUCCCCAUCGAAGCCUGAACCUCCAUGGCUCCCCGAGGCGGCGGGACUAAGGCAGAGUUGGGGCAGACACCUGCCAGAUGCUGGAACUCUUCACGCUUCAGUAGUUUCCCACCUGGCAGGAGGAUGUGCUGUUUCUCCUCAGAAAGUAGCUUUCAGUCCCAGCUGGGGCAGCCGCUCCUUCAGCCUUGGGGACUCGCCCUCUGUGGGCUCAGCCAUGUGGCUGAGUAAGUCGAGGCGAGGCGAGAGAGACUCUCCUUUGGUCCCUGCACCCCGCCCACCCCAGGGGAUCCUGGCCACGGUCGGUGCCUCAUCCUGCAACUUGCUUCCAGUGGGGCCGUUUUGCAGUCCCAGCCACAAGGAAGGAGUGAUGGGAAAAUGGACACAGGCGCGUUCUCAGUUGUUUGGGGUUUUGUAAAGGGGGAGCGCCUUGGGAAGGCUGGGGGGGGGGCUGACGAUGGAUGCUAUGCUCUUGCCUCAUAAAGAUGCCAUUCCUCCA